AUGAGCUGUUUCUGCUUCGGCGGCGGCAACACACGGGACCCUUCCCCACCGCCACCGCAAAACAAUCCGACAGUCGCGAGAACGCUGAGCGACGCCAAGAAUCCCACCGCGGUUAGUAGAGCAGCGAGCGACGCGAAGGGCCCGAGAGCGCUGAAGCGACAUAUUUCCAACACCGCAGCAGACCCUACUGGGAUCACCACCGACACCGCCACAUUGCCAGAUCCUCCGCGAGGAGCCGGCGCCUCGGUUGCUGCUACUAACGCGUUCACCGCGCAUCGUCUCCCAAGCCCUGCUGCUCCGCUGCCCGCCCCUAAGGCCGCCACGUCAUCAGCUACCGCCACGUCAGCAGGUCCUGUCCAGGUAGGCGCUGACGCCCCGAGCCCGCGCGGAGUGGCGGCGGGCGGAAGCUUCCAGAGUCCGCGCGGGCGGAAGAAGCCGUCCGCCGCGCAGCCGUUGCGCACCCCCAGCGCAUUGGCGCGCCUCCCCCUCCCUGCAUCUUCCGCCGCCGCGUCCUUCGCCGCAUCCGCCCCUUCCGCCGCUUCCGCCUCUUCCGCCUCCUCCGCGUCCUCUAUCUCCGUCGGCGCAUCCUCCAUCUCCCCCUCCACCCGUUCUGCCUCCCCCUCCGCCGCUUCCGCCUCCCCCGCCGCGCAUUCCCCCGGCGCCAGCCAACCCGCGGAGAACUCCAGAAAUUCUUCUCCGGAAACCGCCGGCGCUGCUCCGCCCGCGCAGGUGGCGCAGCUCGGUUCCGCCGCUGCCUCUCCCGCUGCUACGCCCUCCGCUGUCGGUGCUGGCGGCGUCCCCAGCGCCUCCGGCGCUCCGCCGGCUGCGGGAAUUGCGGCAGCGGCGGUGCCCCUUCCGCUGCCAGCGAGCGGCGAAAUCGCCGCGCGCGCAGCUGCCGCGUCCAGCGCGCAACCCGCGAGCCCGGCGUGUGGCGCGGGCGCAGGGGGGGCGGGGGGCGUGGGGGGCGCGGGGGGCGCGGGGGGCGCGGGGGGCGCGGGGGAUGCGCGAGCUGUGAUUCCGCCUUUCCCCAGCGCCGCCCCCUUGGGGGCGAGCGAGCGGGGAGUAGGGGGAGGAGGGGAGAGAAAUGUGCAGCAGAUGGCAGGGGGGUUUGCGGAAGAGGGUAGAAUCGGCGAGGGCGGGUUCGGCGUGGUGUACAAGGGGAAUUUACCCACGAAAAGCGGGCGCAAGAUUCCCGUGGCGGUGAAAGUGCUGAAUGCGGAGGGGCAGCAGGGCGAGAGAGAAUGGUUGACUGAAGUGAGCGUGUUGACCCAUCUCUCCCACCCCAACCUCAUCUCUCUCGUGGGUUACUGCGCGCACCACCACCACCGCAUGCUCGUCUACCCCUACCUGCCCAACGGCUCCCUCGAGCGAAAACUUUUCGGGCUGCCCGCCAAGGAAACGCUGCUGACGUGGCAGCAGCGGAUUGGCAUUGCGGUCGGGGCGGCCAAGGGCCUAGCGUAUCUGCACGAGGAGAUGGACAGACCGAUCAUCUACCGUGAUUUCAAAACGUCCAACAUCCUUUUAACCAAGGACUGGCAGGCGAAGCUCUCUGACUUUGGGCUCGCAAGAAGCGGGCCCGAGGGGGACAACACACACGUGUCCACUCGGGUGGUGGGCACGGUGGGCUAUGCCGCCCCCGAGUACGUGCUGACUGGGCAUCUGACGGUGAAGAGUGAUGUGUACAGCUUCGGAGUGGUGCUUCUGGAGCUGAUGACUGGCCGGCUGGCACUAGACAAGUCAAGACCGAAGGAGGAGCAGUCACUGGCAGAGUGGGCGGCUCCCUUUCUCGCCUCCCCCUCCAAGCUCUAUCGAAUCAUGGAUCCUGCUCUCUCGGGCCGCUACAGCGUGAAGGGCGCUCAGACGGCGGCGGCUGUAGCAAGAGACUGCCUCACCCGCAAGGCCAAGCAGCGGCCGCGCAUGUCCGAGGUGGUAACCGCGUUACAGCCGGUGCUGGAGCUCUUUGAUAUGGCGGGUUUUGAUUCCUCCGGUGCUGGUGUGGCCGGCGGACUAGGAGGGGCAGGAGGGGGAGUAGGGGGAGUAGGAGGUAUAGGGGGAGGGAGUGGAGCAGGGGGAGCAUUGCUGACAAGGUCGUCUAGUGAGAAUAACACGAGUACGACCAAGGGAGGGAGUGCAAGCGGUGUAGGAGCAGGAGGGGGGAUGGGUAGUGGGAGGAGGUGGCAGAAGGUAGGGGCUGGUCAGGGCUCGCUAGCUCAGAAGCAAUUGUCGCUUAGGGAGGAGAGGAGGCAGCUGUCUAUAAGGGAGGAGACACAGCAGGACAGGACUGUUGAGGAUGGUUGA